UAGUUCAGUGCGGUCAAAGCGCGGUAAGGCCGGUGGCAAUGGAAAGGGAAAAUACUUCAUUAUAUGACAGCUGUAUAAUAUUGGAGGUUUAGAACAACAGGAUGCCAAGAAGAAAAGUCUUCUAUGAAGUGUGUGACAGGAUCCAGCCAGUCCCCACCAGAAUAUUCAGCCUUCUCCUGGUGCUUCUGCAGGGCGCUCUACUAGACGCCUUCCUCUUCCUCCACUAUGGGGGGAACUGGUACUGGUGGUUUGUGGCCGAUCUCGGCACGGCUGCUGUGUUCAUUGCGGCAUUUGUGGUGGCUGGGAAGUACUAUAAGAGGACUAAACAUAACAAGAUGGAGCCAGAGUCACAUUUGAUCCAAGGGCGUGUUCUGGGUCUUCUUCCCCUGGGGUACAUAGCCUGGUUCACUUACUCGGGGCUCAUGGUCCCCCGUGUUGCCCUAAUCUUCAAACAUAUAGCUGCAGGGCUGGAUGAAAAAGACAUCCUUGGUCCAAACUUUCUGAAAACGGCUCUGGCGUUGACUGCUCCGAUUUUCCUGCUAAUGGUGCUGAGUCAGCACAAUAAGAGACAGACGCAGGAGAGAAAACAUUAUAUAGAGACCUUGGUGAAUGUGGUGCCAUUUGAUAUCCUAGACAGUGUGGAGUUUCUGGAGAUAUUGUUUGUGCAGGAGUCAAGGCUUGUUUUGCCAUUCACUUUGGAGGAUUUUAUCAUAGCGUUUCCCUGCAUUAAUCUCAUUAUCCCAGGUUUUUGCUUUGUAGUCCUGAGUCAGAGUUUCUAUGGAGAGCGUCCGUUGUCUAGAGGAUUCCAGUUCAUAUACACUUUAUCCCACAUACUUCUGGUCAAUGUGCCCUUCUUAACCAUCCGCAUGUACCUAUGGCACCUGCUGAGCCAGGACAUCUCCGUCUUCCUCAUCAAGAACAUUAUGAUGAUCUGCCUUGGGGUCAAUGACCUGUAUGAACUGUGUGGUGAGAGUGAUGACGAUGGUGUAGAUGGCGCCGGUGCUGAUGGGGAGCCAGGAGAAGCCAUGGAGUUACAAGACAGGCCACCCAGCAGGGUUGUUCCAAUAGAAGAUGGUGAACAUGGUGAUGAUGAGGAACAGCCUCACACAGUUUUUAUAUAAUGCUGGUCAUGUCUGUGCUCUGUCUAGGUCUGUUUAUUUGAGACUUGUUUUAUAGGAAACUAUAUUCAUAGGAGUGAAUA